ACACGGGAAUGAGAAUAGCGACUCAAACGUAGGCGAACUGCAGCCAUCCAAACAUCCAAAGGCUUCCAACUUCCAAACUCGAUUUUCGUUUCCGUCAUUCUACAAGGCCGCCACGGUCCACUGAUGCAUGAAUUACCCGUCAUCAUUCAUUAUUAUUAUUUGUGCACGAGAGAGUCCUGUGCCAAUUGAGUAGAACACGAGAUUGUAGGUCCUGUCUACAUUGAGUGCAUAGAGCAAGAGCAGAGCUACCGUACCGGACGUCUUAAUAUUCUUUUCCCGGAUUAUCUUCCAGCUAGCUAGUAGGCAUUCCAUCUAUUCCAACCUCUAUUCCAUCCAUCUCUACUUCCAUCCAUUCAUCCCAAGUUCAUUCUAAGCUCAACAUGUCCAACGAAGAAAACGAGAAACCAAUCCACCUGCGACUGUUUGAUUAUUCCGAGGAUGAAAUCAAGGAGUUUAAUCACUACCAGAUUCUCGGCUUGGAAGAACCAGUUCGUGCUACCCCGUAUACCAUCAAGCAGGCAUACCGAAAGGCCAGCAUUCGCUACCACCCCGAUAAAACAGGGCGAGAUGAGAGUGAUUAUGUCUUUAUUGCCGUCAAGAGUGCUUGGGAUACCCUGAGCGAUGUGGCCAAGAGGCAGGCUUAUGAUUCUACCGAAAUGCCCUUUGACGACAGUAUCCCUCCCGAUGUCGCGGCGUCAGCUGCCAUGAAUGGAAGUGCCAACGGACUCUUGUUGUACACAGAUGACGACUUUUACGAGACCUUUGCACCCGUCUUUGAACGCAAUCUGCGAUUUGAUACUCGAUUACAGGAACAAACCUCCAGGAAUGCAGCCACCGAAAUUCCCACCUUGGGGACCGCCGACACGUCCAUUGACAAGGUCCAAGCCUUUUACGACUACUGGACACAGUUCACUUCCUGGAGAGACUUUUCCCAAAAGGCACAGGAAGAACUAUUCGACAAUAACAAUCCCUUGGAAGAUGCCGAAUCCAGGUACGAGAAACGAUUCUACCAAAAGGAAAUUGACAAACGAGCCAAGGCUCUCAAACGACAAGAAAUGAGUCGGAUUCAAACACUAGUACAACGGGCCAUGGCCGCCGAUCCACGCCUGCAAAAGUAUUAUCGGGAACAAAAAGAAGCCAAAGAAAAGGCCGCACUGGAACGCAAACAAAAGAAAGAACAGGAGGAACGCCAAAAACGAGAGGCGGAAGAACAAAGACAAAAAGAAGAGGCGGAACGGCAAGAACGCGAGAAAGAACAACGUGCCCAAGACAAGGCACAACGAGAAAAGGAAAAGAAACAAUUACGAAAGGCCAAACAGCAGCUGCGCAAAGUGACAGUGGCGACGUAUCAGGAACAAACGGGAGGAGCGGCCGAUUUGCCAUUUACGUCAUUGGAAGAGAUGAGCGACGCGGUGGAAUUCUUGUGCAGUGAAUUUAAUCUUUUGCAGAUUCAAGAACUCACAGAAGACUUUACACAAUCCAAAGAAUUCCGUAUGAUUCACGAUCGUGUUUUGGAAACGCGGGAUGCCAACGAUCAGGAAAAGGAAGAAAAGCGAAAGGCUGCCGCCGAACGGAGAAAAAAGCUCGAGGAAGAGGCGGCUGCCAGGGCAGAAGAACAAGCGGCCGCCAAGGCGUGGUCGCAACAGGAAUUAACGGCAUUGGCAAAGGCAGUCAAAAAGUUUCCGGGGGGUGGGGCCAAUCGAUGGGAACAGAUUGCAACUUUCAUCAACAACAUGUGUCGUCCGGUGGAUCCUCGGACACGAGAGGAAUGCAUCGAACAAUACAACAAAAUUGCCAAGAACACUGGCCCCCCUCCGGCUGCUGCCAAACCGGCACCGGCUGCCAAACCGGCACCGGAACCAGCCCCCACCGCCACUACUACUACUACUACUAUUCCCACAGAAAAGGCUCCAAUCAAUGGUGUUGUUGCGUCAGCCACUACCAAUGGUAGUGCCGCCCAAACCAACGGCGACAGCGCCAAGAGCAACAAUCCCAAAGCCAUGCCGGCCAAGAGCGAGAGUACCUUGACAGAAGUAUCCGCGGCAUCGGCCUCGGAUACCUGGUCAGAAGAACAGGAUAAACAACUUCAGGACGCGUUGGCCAAAUUUCCCGCCACCAUGGAUAAGAACGAACGAUGGACCAGCAUUGCGAAAAGUGUCACUGGCAAAUCCAAAAAGCAAUGCGUCCAACGUUUCAAGGCAAUUCGUGAUGCUAUCAAGAAUAAAAAGUAGACUGUACAGAUGAUCAUAAGAAUACCAAGAAGUAAAAGUCAUGCCACCAGGCCUUUCAUAAACCCCGAGGGAAGAUUCGCUGCUUUGAAUAGCCUUCCGACGCAACUUGGACCAAUGCGUUUGAAGCUGUGCUGAUGAUAAGGAAAGCGAGAACGGCGACACCUGGAUCAGGGUCGUUGAAGCUUCUGCAAAGUGCACGUAAACAAGGAUUCAGCAACACACACCAUCUACAAUUCUCAUCCAGGAAUGGCAGCUGGAAAGGAGCGAGGAACGCUGACAAAGUACAUACAGUUAUCGUCAAGAAAAGUAACUAUUCAUUUAGCUAGCUACUCUUGGCGUCUUCUUCGGCUUGUUGUUGCUUUUGGGCAUGAUUAUUCCGCAGCCAGGCACCCAUGCAAUCUUCCAACAACUUUCCUCCAUCCAAGAAUCCCUGGGUAUUGGUAGUCUCCCACCCCGUCCUUUGGUCCUUAAUCAUUUUGUAGGGAUGCAGCACGUAGUUUCGGAUUUGGGCACCCCACGAGGCUUCCACAGCAUCACCACGAAUGUCUUUGAUUUCUUGUACUCGUUGCUCUUGGGCAAUGGCCAACAGUUGUCCCUUGAGCCGUUUGAGAGCCAAGUCUUUGUUUUGACUCUGUGUUCGGUGCUGGGCACACUUGACCUGCAGCCCACUGGGCAGAUGCUUGACGCGCACGGCCGUUUCCACCUUGUUGACGUUUUGACCUCCCUUGCCCCCGGCUCGCAUGGUGGUAAUCUCCAAAUCCUUGUCGGGUAUGUCGGGUAGACUAUCGUCAUUUAGCUUGUCGCUCAAAUCGGGGGCCACAUCGACCCCGGCAAACGUGGUUUGCCGCUUGUUUUGGGCAUUAAAAGGACUCAGUCUCACCAAACGAUGCGCUCCCUUUUCGGACUGGAACCAACCAAAUGGAUACGUCCCCGGUGCUCCUUCCACGAGGAGUUCUACCGACUUGUACCCGACGACAUCGCCUGGUUGUGAAUCCUCGACACGACAACGAAAUCCCAUGGCAGUCGCCUGCCGUUCGUACAUGCGAUAUAGGUCAUUGACCCAAUCAUUGGCUUCGGUCCCACCGGCCCCAGCCGUGAGUAAUAUCCGCGCAGGAGCAUCAUCGUAGGGUCCACUGAGAAACAGCUCCAGUUCGUACUUAUCCAAGUCGGUUUUCAAAGAAACAAUAGUACCCACCAACUCUUCCAUGAGCACGGAAAUUUCGUCGUCGUUGUCGCCCUCCAUUUCUUGCAACAUUUCCAGCCCCGCUUGCAUAUCUCCCUUCCAAUCAUCCCACUGCGAUAAUCGCGUCAAUAAUCGAGUGGAUUGUGACAGUAAACCAGUGACUUCUUGGGAUCGCUUCUGAUUGGCAUCGUCCCAAAAUCCAGGCUGGGAGGAUUCUCGUUCCAAAUCAUCGACCCGCUGUUGCACGGAAGAUAUCGAAGGGGCUCCUUCCAUAUUGCGCUGACACAGUUCCACAGUUUCUUCCACAUCUCGACGUAUUUGGGAUAUUCUUUCAUUGGUGGUGGCAGUGUCGCUGGAUUUGGCCGAAAAGAGGCGGACUGUGGGAUACCCUUGUCGUGCGGAUCUUGGCAGAUAAUAAUAAUAAUUUUGGAAGUAGCCACGAUGAUGUCUGCGAAUUGUCGCUGGAGUAUGACACCACGCGGACUGGCAACGAGUUGGUCGUAUCGCAUUGAAAGCCUCCACGAACAAAACUCUCUUUGUGGCAGCUGCCAUGCUAGAUGUAGAAGUCUGCCUCCACAGGCAAUAUGCUACAAGAGCCGGAAUGAAACGUCGUACUGACAUGAAUCCAGAUUGACUUCUUGGGAAGAAUCAAUCAACCAGAAGCAUAAGCAGAUAAGAUCGUAUUCUUGUAAAUGAUACAAUAUCUCUGAUGGCCAUCGUCGCUCACCUGGAGAAUGGCUCCCCCCUGGAAACAUGCCCAUCACCGCUUCGACGGUUGGACCUUGAACAACUACAGAAGGGUUGGGGCUGACACAACUGACGUAUAAGUACGUGGUUUUAGGAAAAAUGAUACAUUUUUACAUGGGGAUGAGCAAAAAUGCCAAUACCGUUGCAUUGAAUUUGUUAGCUCUUUUUUGUAUUAUUGUGUCUGUAAAGGAAAUAUUAUGUUUUGGAU